AUGGCAAGACCAAAGACUUAUUUUGAUAUCUCAAUUGAUGGCAAACCAAAGGGACGUAUUGUAUUUGAACUAUACAAUGAUGUAGUCCCCAAGACUACAGAAAAUUUCCUUCAAUUAUGUAAGGGAGACUCUGGAAUGUGCAAAUCUGACCCUUCCAUCCCUCUUUCCUACCGUGGUUCCAUAUUCCAUAGAGUCAUCCCUGAUUUUAUGCUUCAAUUUGGGGAUUUCACUAAAUUUAAUGGUACUGGUGGUGAAUCCAUCUACGGUGAGAAAUUCGAAGAUGAAAAUUUCACUUUAAAGCAUGAUAAACCUUUCCUAUUAUCCAUGGCUAAUGCAGGUCCCAAUACUAAUGGAUCCCAAGCAUUUAUCACCACCGUGCCAACUCCACAUUUAGAUGGUAAGCAUGUCGUCUUUGGAGAAGUCAUCCAGGGUAAAAGACUAGUGAAAUUGAUUGAAUUGCAACAAUGUGAUCAAGAAACCAACCGUCCCAUGUUGGACGUGAAGAUUGACGAUUGUGGUGUCCUCCCUGAUGAUUACGUGGUUCCUGAAAAUGCAGAAGAGACUCCAAUGGAUGAAUUCGGUGACAAUUAUGAAGAUCCUUUAAAAUUAGAUACGAGAAUUAAUAUAGAUGAUUUCACUUCAGUGAUGACCGCAUUGCAAUUUGUGAAGAAUAUUGGUACAGAACAAUUUAAAAAGCAGAAUUUUAAAGUGGCUUUAUCCAAAUAUCAAAAAUGUGAUAAAUUCUUGAAAGAAUAUUUACCUACUGAUUUGCCAAAGGAACAAACUGAUCAAGUCAACAACAUGAAAGUGUCCAUCCCAUUAAACAUUGCCAUUUGUGCUUUGAAAUUGAAAGAAUACCAGAUUGCUAUGACUGCAGCCUCUGAAGUACUAUAUGCGGAAGCAGCAGACGAUAAGGCAAAGGCAAAGGCAUUAUACCGUCGUGGGUUGGCACAUUAUUAUGUCAAUGAUACGGAUAUGGCCAUGACUGAUUUAGAGUUGGCAACAACUUUCCAGAGAAAUGAUCCUGCCAUCUUGAAGGCUAUCAAAGACACGAAAUUGAAGAGGAAAGAGCAAGCUGAAAAGCAGAAAAAAUCACUCUCCAAGAUGUUUUCUUAG